AGAAGAAACCGGCCAUUUACAAUGUGUUUGAAAUGAAGUUCUUAAUUAUCCUAUGGACUUUUUAUAAUGCUGUGUCAUACGCAGAUAGUUUAGAAUGCCUUCAAUGUGAUAACAUUGAACAUCCAAAUACCUGCAACGUUACCACGGAAUGCCAUUCAGGACAGUCGUGCUUUUUAAAAACAACACAAACGUCACCGACUGCACAGUUUGAAAUGGGAUGUGAAGAUAAUCAGCUAUGUGGCACGGGUUCUCCGGCUGUUUCAAUCGUUGGUAAACGUCAGACUCUCGCCUGUCACGAGUGUUGUUCUACAAAUAACUGUAACAACAAACUUUGCGAACACAGCAAGCCGUCUGCCUGCGUUGACUCGGUAACAGUGGAUUGCGCGUUGCUGCAUUCUUUAUUCAACGUGUGUUCCGACGUUCAGCAUGCUAAAAGCGUUUGUCCAAGAUUUUGUGGACUUUGUAGUCUAGUUGACGGAGACUGGGCAACCUGGGGUGCGUGGUCUGGUUGUGACGUCACAUGUGAAAGCGGGACACAGGUGCGCAUACGCACAUGCACCAAUCCAGAACCAGCAAAUGGCGGAGUUAAUUGUGUGGGGGAUAGUACCCAGCAUAAACAGUGCACAAAACAGCUAUGUCCUGUUCAUGGCGGAUGGAGUGGAUGGUCAGGCUGGAGUCCUUGCUCGGCUACGUGUGACGUCGGUAUGUCCCAGAGAGGGCGGUCCUGUACCAACCCAAAACCCAGCCGAGCAGGGGACUACUGUCCGGAUAUGCCACAGCAAUUCAAGAUAUGCACUGCAGGUCCAUGCUCAACCUGGAUGGACUGGGGCUCGUGGACGUCAUGCAGCGUGACGUGUGGGGUUGGCCUUCAACGUAGAUACCGGAACUGUACGUCGACGUCAUCUAUUCUUGGCAUAGGCUGUGUAGGAAGUAACGACCAAACAGAGACGUGUAGUAACUCAACUUGUGUACAGGUGGCCUUCAACGCUCACGGCCACCAGGCGCUGUCCGGGUCCGUCAUUACCUUUCCAACAGUCAUCCUGAACGAAGGGAACGCGUUCAAUGAGACAUCCGGACUUUUUACGGCGCCUUUCAGUGGAAACUACUUCUUUUCCGCACAAGUCUGUGGUCAAACCCGACAAAAUAUUUUUUUUAACAUCAAGAAAAGUAAUACAGACAUGUCCACGACGUACCUCACCUCAGCCUAUGGUUAUGACCAAGGCAGCUACCCAUGUAGCCCCUCAUCCGUGGUCACCAAACUCCACGUGGGUGACCACGUGUGGGUGUACAUGAGCAGUGGUUUAGGGAGUCUUUAUGACUCAGGAACAAACUACUGGUGUUCGUUCACCGGCUCACUGCUCAGCGUGUCCGGCUAAUAGACACGAGUACCUCUUUCGUAAAGUCAUGCAAUGAUUAUAUGCCGUAAUAGAAUACGUGUGUUAGUUAAACUCAGCUUUAAAUUGUAUGUUAAUGAUCUGAAAUGAAACAGUCUUGCUUAUAGUAUGUUAUAUAAGAAACAAUUAAGCAAAUGAUUAUUUUAAACUGUACAUAUAACUCAAUUAAAAUAUGUAGUGAAAUUUUAA